UGAGGCGCUAAUUUUCUUCGCCUCGUGCAUGUCAUUGUAGUAUAAUUAGCGUAAUAAAUUAAUCAAGCAAAUUAUCAGCAGCUGAUAACGGUGGAACCUUUGUCGAGUGUUUCAGUUGUGUUUCAGUUCGUCUUUGUGAACGGACGCUCUAUUCAUUCCAUGAUAACGUUCCGGAACGCCGAACAACCCACCAUCCGUCGUUCACGACCGAAUGGUGCUGCGUUACCAACGACCGAACAGCAUCAGCAGAGCGUGAGAGAACCGGGGCCUGAUCUACGGAGCAUUUUGCACCAGGCCCCAGCAGGUCGCGCCGCAGGUGGUUAGGCCCCUCGUGUCUUUUUCCCUGCUCCUGCCACCAGCGGGGUACCACCUGCGCAGCGAUUGGUCAGUUCGCAGGCAGGUCAAACGGCAACACGUCGGUCUGUCGGCGUUUGUCACACUUACCUGCCGCUUCGGAGCGGAGCGCGCGAUCCUCGCGGCAUCGCAUUUUUCGCGUCUUAUCCACGACGAUCGUUGCACAUGUGUGAGCGAUCUCGUCCGACACGGCGGAGUGUAAUCCUGAACAAGGAACAGGCGACGACGCAGUGAUGGCUCAGAUGGGACCGUAGAAUCUGAGCUGCGAGUUCGGUGUUGCGCCCGCGCCGAGGAUUACUUUUUAAACGAUCGCAGGACGAUGCGGCGCGCCAACAUUGUGCGUGUACAAACGCUUUGACGUGUGUGCAACGUGUGGUAUUUUAUUGUUGUGUUACCAUCAGUGGUGCUUUCUUUGCGGGGGUGGCCACAAGCGACCGUCGCGACGGUGAAUGACGCGGGAGGCGUCGUUGGAGAGCGGCACGAACGAGCGACUCGAGAAUGCCAGCGGACGUGACUGGAGGCCCAGGAUUCGCAGUGGUAGCAGGGGAUGUUCUUGCCUUAAGAGGCACGGGACUCGCUGCUGCAGAAACAUGGGCUCUCCUUUGCCAGGCUGCCCAGGCCCUCCAGGAUCUCUUUCUUUCAAAUGGAGGUGUGGUGGGUGGUUCGAGAGCAGGACCAGUGGUGACUCCACACACACUGGAACUGACACCACGUGGGAGGGUUUUGCUGCAGCUCGCACCGCCGGAAACUGCUCGGGCGUACCUGCCGCCGGAGUAUCGACCCGGUCGCGUCUAUUCGGAUACGGAUUCGGAAAAAAUGUGGAUGUACUCUUUAGGAAGGGCAUUAUUGGAUACGACUCCUAGAGUAGCGGCAUUGACGGGGACGGUUUCCGUAUCGCCCUCUUCCGCUUUGCAAUCGGUACUGGCUGCUAUGACGGAACCUGAUCCUCGCAGACGUGCCUCUUUAAUGAAUCUGCUAGAUGUAAUAUCCGAGUAUUGCCGAACGCGUCUACAAACGAGACCCUUCACGCAUAUCGUGAUGGAGAUGUACGGAGAAGUCGUAAGGUCGCCGCAAUACGCCGCGCGGAAGCGAGCAGCCUAUUAUCAAUUAAACGCCCUACAUCCCACACAAAACAUUAUGAAUCAACCGAAUCACCAAAAAAUCUAUGGUUAUCAUACGCAACGACAGCAGCAGGAUCACAUUCAAGCUGUGAACGGUCAAUUGCCAUCUUUUCAUCACGCCCGUGUCGGCCAACAUUUAUCAAAUCAGCUGGCUAUCCAGCAGCGCCAGCAACAGCAGCAAGAUUAUAUUUAUCAUCCGACCAAUCAAUUGCGCUCGCUUCAACAACAGCAAGAUCACGUGCAGCAGCCGCUGAGGGGUCAACAGCAUAAUGAUCAUACGCAUCACAAUUAUUAUUACGCGAAGGGCGCGCUCUUCAGGGCGCAAUCGCGCAAUUCCCAGUCGCACCCUAAUCUGACGAGUCUGUGCGGCUCGCAGCAGCAGCAACAGCAGCACCAGGAAGUCGCCCUGAACACCUGCAGAGUGCAGUUUCAAUCGCAGCUGGACAUCCAAAGUGGCAGCCGAUCGAUAGGGCCGUCGACGACUCAUCAUCAACGCCGGAUUCACCAUCACUCGAGAACCUACUCGCAGCCGGUUUAUACACGACUCCAGCACACCAGAAGCAGCGGCAAUUUGCCAACGACGACAAACGCCACAGCCGCCGAUGGUAAUCCCGACGGAAAUGUUUACAACGACCCGAUAUAUGCCCUGCCGGUUAAGCCCUUCCUGAGCUCCCAGGACGUGCGAGUCAACGGACUAUCAGCGAAAGCUCCCGCGAUCUGUCGCGGCGACGAUGUUUACGGCGCAUCAUUAUCGAUAAACAGGCAUUCUUCGAAUACCGGUUGCUCUCAGCCCGAUAUGAUCUCGCAACCAAACGAGCAUCUUCGCGAGGAUAUUUACGGACGAGCACCUCCGGGAAGAAUAGCUUUGCAGAGGCAACACUCGAAUCCCCAGCUGCCAAACAGGACGCAAGGUGACGAGGAAUUCAAACGAUUAUCACAACCGAGCGUCGCGACGACCGAGCUUCGAUGCGUCGGCGUUGCGCGAAAGGAAGAACAGACGAUUCGGCAACAAAAUCCAGUGUCUUCCAUAAGGCUCAGGGGGAUACAAGGACCUCCGAAGCCACCUCGAAUUAUCACCACCCUAAGAAAAGCUGCUCUCUCCGACUCGGAGUGUAACAACCAAACGGAACCGCCGGCGAAGCCUCCCAGAAUUAUGGUGAGGAACGGACCAAGAGCACGGCGAGGAAAAGCGGUACAAAGAGCGCCUUCACGUCUUUACAGAACCGUAGGUGGACCUAUGAGAUGUUUCAAUAAGGCGCAAUGUGUAGGUCCUGAAUUUGUGGUUCGUGCCAAUCAGCCCCCAAAGACAUUAUGCGUGGGUCAAGUCAAGGCGGGCAACUCUGGUCGGAUAGUCGUAAUAAUGCUGACAGGACAACGCGUAGAAGUAACCUGCGAUCCUCAAAAGGUCACCGCCGGAGAUCUAUUUCAGGCUAUUGUCCAAGCGGAGAGCCUCGACGAAAACUUCACUUUGGGUCUGGCCGUGCUACUGGCCGGAGAUUUCGCAAUGUUACCACCGGACACGAAAUUGAAUAAGGUCGCACCACCAGGAUGGUUAAGCAGCGGCAAGAGCAAAGGUCUCCUAGGUUUACCGACCAGUUUCAUGCUGUACCUGCGGCUUCGAUUCUUCCUACCGUCUCUUCGUGGCAUAAGGAGCUGGAUAUCGAAGCAUCUACUGUACCUACAAAUAAGACGUUGUAUACUGGAGCAGCAGCUGGUUUGCCCCUAUCCCGAAUUAAUCAAUCUGACGGGUCUCGCGCUUCAAGCUGAAUUCGGAAACUACAACGUCAACGAACACGGUUGCGCGGAUUACUUCCUUCUCGAGCACUAUGUGCCGGAAUCCUUGAUAUUGAACGCGGACCGACAUCAAUCGCAGCCCUGCAUCGACGCCGAUACACUUCGGGCGCAGUUACACCGAGCUCACCGCGACCGCCGUGGCUUGGACUCGAACAAAGCCGAGGAGAUGUUCAUAACUCACGCGCAGUCCUUGCCGGAUUAUGGCUCGCACUACUACAUUGCCACGAUAGACUCGAAGGAAUUGGAGAAGCUGAUGGAGAAACAGAAAAAAGGAAAAAACGCUGUAUCUAGCAAUCGCAACGUCGUGUUAUCACACAAUAGUGCGACGGAAAGCGCUUAUCGCCAGGAAAAAUCUGCUAAGGAAACCGCCUACGAUAGAAUUCCGCCGCGAUUAAAGUCUCGCGAAAACCCACCGAUGACUCCCUAUUCGGACGAGCACGCAAGAAGCGCAAAAAUGUGCCGCGACGAAACGUGCAAUAAGAACGUUAAUAAUAACAAUAAUAAUAACAAUAAUAAUAAUAAUAAUAAUAAUAAUAAUAAUAUUAAUAACGUUAACGGCAAUAACAGCAAGAACAACAAGACGCGCAAAAGGAAAACAGAGAGCAAUGUAUGGCUAGCUAUACAUGCUCAAGGUUUAAAGUUGUUAGAGCGAGGGGGCGAACCGAGGGAGAGAACGGAACUGGCCCACUUUCAGUGGCGAGACGUACAGAAACUGAGUUACAGCAAAAGCUGCCUGGUCGUGUAUAGCAAGCUGAACGGGAGACGGUGUAAGCUUAAGCUGAGGAUGGAUCAUCGAAAAAGUUACUACGUCUUCAAGCUCACGUCCCUGCAUCAUCAGUUCUUCCUCAGACUUCGCUCGGAACUUACGUCGCUUCAGGGCCUCGCGAAAGAUUUUGGAGUACCCCUGACAACGGAAGUCAAAAUUACACCACCAAAACCCACCAAGAUUGGCGACGGUAAGACUAAGAUACCGGUAGCGAAUGCAGUGAAAGUGCAACAGAGAAUAAACUAUCCGAUGCAAUUGGAAGAAUAUCAAAAUAAAGAGAAUGAAAAUCCUCAAAAAGAUGCUAAUAUAGUUACGAAAGAUAUCGGUCGCGAACCAGGCUUUUAUUCGUCGGAAGAGGACGCUCUUUAUGCACAAGUAAACGUGCGAUUGGAGCCGGAAGGUGAAUCACGUGAUACAGAAGAAGAAUCUGAAAGAGGCAUAAUGACGUCGAACGAAAUCUUGUUAGAACCCAAAGAAACCAAAUCGGAGCAUGACAAACUCUAUCGGUGCCCCGGUUUAAAUAGCGAGGCUGAAACUGAAUGCACAUAUUCCCUUCCAAAACUGACAUCUAAUAACAUCAAUCAAAUAGAUAAACCUAAUAAUCCUGAAGCACUUUACGCCGCUAUUAACAAAGUUCGUCUAUCGGGCAAAAACGAAUUUCCUGUUUCGGACGUCUCGGAAGUUUGGAAUUCAUCAGAAGUGAAAAAAACGCUGCACAAGAUGAAGACAUCCAGUUUACCGAACUACGGCGUGUCAAAGCAGACGGGUGGUUUUCGUACACCUAGUUUACCUCGACGGUUGGGCGUGAAAAUGGGAACGCGAGCAAUCUACAGCAGUUUGGCACAGAAUACCGCGCUUACCGACGAUACGGAAUCGCAAUCUCUCAAGUCGGACACCGAAUCAUCUAUCCAAUCAUUGUCGGCGCGGUCCACCGAAUCGCCAAUGCCGGAAGCAUACGUGCUGAAUGCCGAUAUACGCACCGACGACGAAACGUUCCGAGUUCCGGAGGAUGAGUCAAUGUCUGUAUCAUUAAUGGCUCGUUUAGAAGAGCUAUCAUUUGCCGAGGAACGAAUUUUGCACACGAUCAAAUUGGAACGUGGCCACGGCGGCAGCAUAGGUUUGCAAGUGACAGAGGGUAACGACGGUGGAGUGUAUGUUCAAGCAGUUUCUGUCGGCGGAUCAGCCGAUAUGGCCGGAAAUGUCAAUAAAGGUGACCGGAUCGUAGCGAUAAACGGGCAAAAUCUGCUGAAUCUCCGCUAUGAGGACGCUCUGAAGAUGCUACAGAGCUCAUCCGAAACGAUAGAGUUGGUCCUCUCGCAACCCUCUACUCGGAAAAGCGUGGAAUUGAGAAGUGACGAGGGCCAAGGCCCUGUAGACAACAAUUACUUACAUGAUAUCAAAUUCGACGUGUCGUCAGAGGCGGAAACGUCCAGCAUGAUGAACAAGUGGAUUAUUCAGAAAACCACGGAUGUAGCAUCGGUGCAAAACACUUCGAGCGCUUACAGCAGUGCCGCGUCCAGCGCUAUGGGCAAUCAUAACAAUGCGAAUAGCCUGUACUUGACUGAUCUCGUUGACAAUAAUGCGCUAAAGUCUGCUAAUAACGACAAUUCGACUGAGCCACCCGUGCCACCGCGGCGAACGAAGCGCAAGAUCAAAACUACACCGAUUGCGUUAUCGGUGGCGAGCAGCGAUGCAAUAGAAGCUACGAAACACGACGCGACACUUCAGCAAAAACAUUCACCGCCGCCUCUGCCGCCCCCGCCAGAGAUAUGUCGACGGAACAAAUCUCGAUCUGUCGUCGAAACCAGCCAGCCGCAAUGCGACACCGCGACGAGCUGUCCGAGAGCCGAAAGUGUCAGCGGACAACACCACGGCGAGAACCGCACCGUCGACACCGCGACAGACGUGAUCGACGCGAAGUCCCCGGAAUCGCGCGACGAUACGAUAUCCGCGAGCGAGAACUCGGCGAUGAGCGACAACGUAAACGAUGACCCAGUUUCGAAGUCGACCGCGCCGAAACCACCAUUCCUGCCUUCUCUCGACGUCACGUCGUCUAAGCGAAGAGCACUCAACAAAUAUCCACCGCUUUUUUUCACGCUGCGCGACUUCGAGGACGUAAUGUCCUCUACAUACAACAGAGACGAUUUCGCGAACGGGUCUUCUGCGAAUCUCGCUGAUUUACACGACAAAGAAUCGUCGACAGUGUCUAUGUUAAACGUGGGCGACGACGUUUGUUUUCGCGUGACGACAACGAACCGUCCGUUCGAAAAGUGUCUCGGCAAAUGGAAAGACCCUUUCAAUGAUGAUGACUUCGUUCAGAAACUCGACGAUUAUCGAUUCGAAAAUAGAACGGAUAAGAGCGAUCAGAUAAACGUUAAAAAAUCAUCCGGUUAUGAUAUUUUCGACAAUAAUAAUCCGACGAUAACAACCAAUGAGAAUCCGGAUUAUCGCGCAGGCAUGAAAGUACGAUUUGCGAUUGAAUCACCGAAUCCUUCCACGUCCGAAUACGAUUUGAAUAUAAAAAUCGGUGUGCCGUGUGAUAGUUCGCGCAGCUGCGAAUCCAUUCUCUACGAUGAACAAGCCGGCGAACAAAGCACUACUUCUUCCGUGAAGUCGACUGAAAUCCGAGAGAAAUUCGCGGACAUAAAAGAUUGCGGUGGCAAUUCGGGAGAUAAAUCAUACACUUCGAAUAACGAGAAAGAAAAUUCCGCAACAAGGGAAAACGAUGCUUUUCUGUUAACAGAUACAAACAAAGUUGACACGAUAUUAAAGAGAAUUCCACAAACGUGUUUUGAUGAUAGAAAUAAUGAUAUUAAUUGUGAGAAGAUCCGUAAAAACGAUUCUAAUGUAAUAUCAUGGGACGAGCACAAUGAGAAUCUCAAAAUCGAAAAGAAAAAUAUCCUAAUGUCAGUCAAAACUAUCACAAGCGAGGAAUAUGCUGCAAAACAAAAAGAUGAAAAUGAAAUAUUAAAUGUUUCAUCCGAACUUACAGAAAACACUUGCCGCUUUAUAGAUAAAAGUUUAGAAACCGCAUACAGAGAUGAAAAGGUAAAUGCGGCGGAAAUAACACAAAAAAUAACACAGCAGGAAAAAGAAAUAUUUUUGGAAAAAACUAGCGCUGACAUCAAAGAGAAAUGUGUUGCUGAGAAUAAAAAUAUUUUCGUUAAAGAUUCAAUCCAAAGUUUUUCAAACGAUCAUGUGGACGAUAACGUAAAUCAGCAUAAUUCCGAGGAUGAAUCGAGGAUGAAAAGAAUUUCUAUUGACAAUCUCACAGACAAAUCGCUCAGAAUCAAAGAAACUCGACAAAUGUCGAUUGAGGAAAACAAGGAAACAAGCGAGUUUCUAGAAUCAAAGAAUAAUCGCGAGGAACUUUCGCCAUCAGAAGAGAUUUUUGUGAAAAAUGUUCCAGUAAAGGUUAGACGAAAUUCUUUUCUAGAAACUAUGCUGAGCGACGAUUCAGCAGACAUCUCAAUAAAUUGCGCGGUAAUUUGUAAACAAACUCCAUCAAACAUAGACAAAGAAUUAAGCACUCCGAACGUACUGACAAAUAAAGUUGGCGAAUUUGAUACAGAUAUCACAAAAGAAAGCGAGCACUUUUGCGACUUCAAUAAUGUGAUAAAAACAGCUACGGCGAACCAAGUUUUAAAGGACUCUAAGGGGACGAAAGAAAAAGUUACUAAAAACGCCGGUGAUGUGAAAAAUGACGUACUGAACGAAUUGCUCUGCAACUUUAGUAACAUAAAGUUAAAAAUAGUAAGUCCUGAAAAUAAAAAACCAGCAUUGAAGAUAAGUGGUGAUGAAAGUAUUGCUUGCUCGGUCGCGAUCGAUAACGGACUUUCCAAGGGAAAGGAAAGUGAGAGUCCUAACUUGCAAAUGUUUAAAAAAUCUCAAAGUGAAGUUUACAACGUUCCUAUAAACGUCAAAACUGUAGACAUAAGGAAUGACGCAACAAGCGUUGAGAAAAUUGUUAAGGAAAAAAAAUUCAUAAAAAUAGAAGUCGAGGAUAAACCUCAGGAUCUUAAAAAUAAUCAUCAUAAUGCAGCAAACGAUGAGAAAAUCGCAAACAAUAAAAAUAUUGAGAGAACAAAACGCGAGGAAUUGUCCUGCAGUAUAAAAGAUAAGAUCACAAAGAAUAGCUCUCUGAAUAUAAAAGUCGAUGAGAAAUCUUCUGAUAUUAAAUCAGAAGAAACCUGUGUAAGGAUAAAGACCGAGGAGACGUUCAAGAGCGCAAAAAAUGCUGGCGAUGCCAAACGAGAGUCUAAAAAACCGCGAGAUAUUCGCGCUCCCAAGACUAUACUUAAGAAAACAAGCGCUGAGCGCGAGCGGCAACGGACGAGCAAAUUCCAGGAGAGAAUUCCUAUCGGAGCACCCGCAACUAUGAACAAGAUUUUCGACAGCAAAGAAUUAGAGACGAUAGCGGACGCGUCGCGCAGAAGCAGUCUGAGAGAUGGGAGAAUAUACGAGACAACUUCCAGAGAGACUCACGAUCGCGGCGGAAAAAAGACUGACGAAGAAGUAAACGCGGACGACGGAGCCGACGUUGAUCGGCAGAGGAUCGCGAGUCGAUCGGCAUUAGCGUUAGUAGAGAAUACGACGGGUAGCAGCGAUAAGUGUGCCAUAGCUAGGAAGACUAUUUCCGUAACCCCUUGUAAUAAUAAUGACAAUAACAGGGCCGUAACACCCGUAGCUAACGUAAGUAACGACCAAUCACCCCGCGACGUUGUAACGAUAACCCCGGGUAAAGUUAGGAGCUUCGUCAAGUAUUACGAGAUUCGGGGCGACGUAACGACCGCCGAGAGACAUUCUAAAAUUAACAAUAGAGAGAAAGUAGCUAGGUGUAAGUCUACUAAGAGCCAAGCGGCGCCCGUUGCCGCGAGGAACCCGCAACGGCCGGAAGUAAUAACGGUGAAAAAGGGAAAAGCAAACGGAGGCAGAAGUAUUAAAUCAAACGAUGGUGACAUUCUCAGAAAGACGUUUAAUAAUGCUCAAUCUUCAACGUUCGCCUCGAUAGUCCCGGAACAUCUUCCCGAUAUUUCAAUCUGUAAAACAACGGAAAUGAAAUCGAAGGUAAUGAAAGAGUAUGAAAAGACCGCCUCGUAUGUAUUUGACAAAGAAAUGCAUAAGCCACUCGCUAAAGUAAGCGCGAAGAAGUCAGUGCAGUUUUUAGGCGAUUUUACCAUUAUUCACUCGGAAACUUUCGACGGGAAAGAAUCUACGGUCAUCGCGGACCACGAGGCGAACGCAUCAAGGAAGAGGAAAGCCCCUGGAAUCCCACGAUCGCGAGAUUUCGAUGGUUGUCAGAAGCUUGUUCACGAAAUCACGAAAAUGGAGAAACUGCCAGACACCGAAAAGAGUUCCUUCCAGCAACGGGAGACCGUUGCUCAGAUACAUACAGUAGCCGGUCAUGGUGAGAAUUCAGGUAUUAACCGCUUCGUUCCAAAACCAGAAAUCCCACAGCUCGUAUUUUACUGUACUAUAUAGGUAACACGCGUAGCCUUUAUAAGCCGUCGUUGCUCCGAAUCUCAAAUAUAUGUUAUCGCGUGUCGAUACGAAUCCCUACAAAAAUGGUUUCAUUUCCACUGCCAACUGAAGAAUAGAUUUUACGACGCAAUGCCUGCUAAAUAGUAAUUUAUGCUUGUUAAUGCGCAUCGCGUGCUUAUAUAAUUUGUUUCAGUUCAGAUCUUGUUUCAAAGGCAAAGUUCGAACUUUUUACGCACAAUACUAACGUAGGCUUUUUCUUAUUUUCUAUAACUAAUCAUAAAAGCGAAUCACCUUAAUAGAAUAUUUUUUUCGGGAAUAAUUUAUGCAAUUAACAAAUUUAAAAAAUUGCAUUGUAUUUUG